AGGUAUAAAUAAAACCGCGGCGCGAUGCCUUUGGCUCUAACAGUCCUGUAUUGAAGUUUCGGGAGUCGUUAGGCUCGAGAGCGUUAAACACGAUCCGUGUUCUGUAGGUAACUCGGGGGAAGUGAGACGCCAUGGCCCGUACAAAGCAAACUGCCCGUAAGUCGACCGGCGGAAAAGCCCCCCGGAAACAGCUGGCCACCAAGGCCGCGAGGAAAAGCGCCCCCUCCACGGGUGGCGUGAAGAAGCCCCACAGAUACAGACCUGGAACUGUGGCCCUGAGGGAGAUCCGUCGGUACCAGAAGUCCACAGAGUUGCUGAUCCGCAAGCUGCCUUUCCAGCGCCUGGUCCGAGAGAUUGCGCAGGACUUCAAGACUGAUCUUCGGUUUCAGAGUGCAGCCAUUGGUGCUCUGCAGGAAGCCAGUGAGGCAUACCUUGUCGGUCUCUUUGAGGACACCAACCUUUGUGCUAUCCAUGCCAAGCGAGUCACCAUCAUGCCCAAGGAUAUUCAGCUGGCGAGGCGAAUCCGUGGGGAGCGUGCUUAAAUUCACAACCAGCUUUUUAAACUUUUUGGGGAAAAACACGAAUUUUAUUGAACUACAUAUACCUACUUAUGGAGGUUCAAGUUAAUUUUGUAUUUUUGUUAUGGUAUUGGUAGAAAAAACUAGUGGUUUACAGUGCAGAAGUAGCAAGCAUUUGGUAACAUUCCCUCAAAAUUCCCUCAGGUUUUUAAUAAGUAAAUUUGUAUCAGACAUUGUUAUACCUCUAGCUUAUUGUGCUGUAGCUUAUGUUGUAUGCAUGCUUCAUAUUAGAUAAAUUAUUUGUAGACUUGUAUAACCUCCAUUUCCUUGCUUUUUGCAUUGUGAUUAUUGGGUUGUAAAUAAAACUUUCCACUACCUCA